AUGUCGGCAUCUCCAUCGGAAAAGUCCUCAUCCAAGUCAUCGCGGCCCCUGGCGUGUGUUUUGUGUCAACGCCGCAAGGUCAAAUGCGACCGGAAGUAUCCAUGCUCGAACUGCAUCAAGUUGCGUGGGAUGAAGGAGCUCGUUGAAAAGGAGGAUGAGGGGCAAGAGCCUGAGCCACAGCAUGAAUGGGACCCUGGAGCUUCCAUGCCCGAUUACAGCGAUUACUUGCUUGUAGGCGGCGAUUCUCCUGUUGAUCAGCACCCCGACGAUUUGUAUCCCACCGCGAGCCAAAUCUUUCGGCUCUGGCAGACCUUCUUGGAAAGGGUGAAUUCCCUGACGAAAAUCGUACAUGCCCCAACUUUGCAGCCAUUUGUGGUGGAAGCCGCGAGUGGUCCUGGACAUCUUCCGAACAAUGUGGAAGCUCUGAUGUUUGCAGUUUUCAGCAUGUCAAUUGUCACCUUAACUGAAGACGAGUGCAUGGCGAUGCUUGGCUCCUCGUGCAAUGCUGCUUUCCGGAGAUUUUCGACCGGCGUCAGGCAAAGCUUGCUGCGCGCCGACUUUCUCAAAUCACACGACAUAACCACUCUUCAGGCGCUCGUGCUUCACAUGAUGUCGAUCCAAGGUCGCUGUAACAUACACGGCGCUUGGAUCUUGAACGGCAUAUGCGUGCGGAUCGCGCAGAAAAUGGGUCUCCAUCGAGACGGAGAGCUUCUCGGCCUGCCCCCGUUCGAGACAGAGAUGAGGCGCCGCAUUUGGUGGCAGAUAUUCAUGCUCGACUGCAAGUUUUCCAUGAUUUCCGGUUUGAGCCAAUCAUUGCUCCCUCGUCCGAGCGACUGCAAGCUUCCGAAAAACCUCAACGAUGCAGACUUGCAUCCGGGCGCUACAGACAAGUAUCAGGAGCGUGAGGGUCCCACGGAGAUGGUGAUACCGCUUUUGGUCUUCCAGAUCGGGCAUUGCAUCCAGCAACAACCUGAUAUCGAGGCUCUGAUGCUGUACAACGAACUCAGUACCCUCAGCUCGGGACGCAAGAGCAAAGUUCAAUCGGCGCAGAUCAGCUCGUUCAUCAAACAACUCGAAGACCGGUUGAAUGGAGUUUUGGAGAAAAACUCCGACCCAUCUGCAGGCCCAGUGCACGAAUUCGCCUCGCUUUUGAAAGCCCUAAUUCUCCAGAAGGUCAAAGAAACCACACGCCCUCCUCAGGAACAGCCAGAGUGGGGAAGUGAGAUCUUAACACCCAAAGACAAUCUUUUCAAGUGGUCAGUCAUGACUACUGAGCAGAACGUCAAUGCCUACAGAUCAAAUAAGCACCAAGGAUUCCAUUGGUUUCUGAAGCUUCUUUUCCAGUUCGAUGUGGUAAUCUUCAUGGUCGGUCAAUUGAGUCAGCGGACUUCAGGGAAUCUGGUUGAGCGCGCCUGGCAACAGAUCCCGGCGGUUUAUGAGUAUCACCCGGAGUUCCUUGAUCCCUCGCAGGAGUACAACAUAGCACUCGCAAAAUUCGUAUUGAAAGCGUGGAAGUAG